GGACUGCUGCAAGUUGUGGAGCUCAUUAGGCGGGUCAGAUCAAACUAUGCUCGGUUCCUCGGUCGGUCCCUUCGGUUUUUGGACUGAACUUCCGUAGCCUGAUUGUGGGGGCCCAUUACUACUUUCCACAUCUGUUCAAAUUAAGCAAUAUCACUAGGUCAGACCAACCUUCCCAGAAAAUGGGUUCGUUUUUUUUUUUUUGAAUCAUCAGUAUCAAUGCUUUCAACCUGGGUGGGUCAACAGUUGAAUCCUCGAUACCUCUUUGUUUUGAUUUCCUUUUAUUUUUAGUUGGGCCCAACAAUUGGGGCUUUGUGUGCUUUUGAUUUUGAAACAAGCCUUUCAAAUCUAAUGUCUUAUGUCAGUGACACCAAUUGUAACCGUCAGAUCAUGGAUAUGACCGUUUGAAACGCUCCCUCAUUCUCUCCCCUGUGCAAAUUCAAAGUUCAAACCUCAAAUCAGUGUCUCACAAUAAAAUGGACAACAUACUGAAAAAGUUAUUAAUAAAAAAGUAGAAACUGUCUCGACAAUUCCGACGUAGGUUUCUCUUUCAAUCAUUUUCUCUAAUACUCUUGUUUCUCUCUCUCUGAAGCUCCGCAGUUUCUCUGUCAGGGAAAGGAAAAAGAUAUUAUCAUGUCUAAGAUGAAAUCUGAUCGUAAGCCUACACUUGCUAAAUCGCCUAUCCGCCUACGACCCCGUCGUGUCCUUCGAUCAAACUCAACCUCCCUGCAAACUCCACCAGGUAUCCCCGGUUCUUUAACGAAAUCUCAGAAGCGGAUUCGUACUUGGGCAAUCGAAGAUUCUGAGAUUCGACCCGAGUAUCGCUCCAUUUCUUGCGAGUUACAUGCUUUGGCUAGGAUGGUUGGAAAUGAACUUGGAAAUGGGGAAACGGAAAACGCUGGUUUUGGUGAGACUAGUCUCAACGCCAAUUCCACUCCUCUGUUUGAGAGAGGCAGAUUUUACGACGAGUACUCGGCGAGGAGAAACGAGAGGCUUAAGAGAAAGAAAGGCGAAAAGGGGAACGAGGCAAAGACUGGGCACCAUCUUGGAGUAACAGUUGAUUCUUCAAAGAGAAGAGACUCGAAGAAGCUUGAGAACUUGAGGAAGUCAGUGUCUGCCGUUUAUUCCAUGGAGAGGAGCGAGAUUCAGGCUCCUAGGUAUCUGCUUCGAAGCAUGAGUAAAGAGAAUAAGAAGCCUCCUCUCGCUGUCAACCAUAACAAGUCAACUGUGACUGGCACUGAGAAGAAAAUUGCGGCUAGAAGAGUUAGGAGGGUCUGAAAAUUGGAAAUUGGUUUUUAUUUAUUGGCAUUUUGUUUUUGGUUUUAGGAAAUUGGGGAUUCUAUUCCUUUUCCAAUGGAUUUUAGCAUCAUGCUUCGUUCUGGUUACUCCACCAGACGUUUGACACUGCCCAGUAAAUAUUGUCCCCUUUUGUUUUUGAGAUGCUCAAAUAUUAUCCCAUUCAGCUUUUACAUUUUCUUGUUGCACUAUAAGUAAAGAAAUUUCCUAGUUUCAUCAAUCUCCAUU